CUAGGCGAAGGCAGCAAUCAUUUCAUAUUGAUACAUAGACGAUAGAACAGAUUUAGAAAUAAUAAUGCAUUGACAACCAUGGCUCUGUAUGACAUCGUACAAAAUACGACAAUGCACGUCUAAACUACGUUGCCUUGGCAACAGGCGGGGGUUUACUGAGGAUUUUUCCGAAGCGUUCGAGCACUUGCGUAGGGAGAUUGAAAAUAUAUAGUUCAUGGUAGAAAAACUUAUCAACGAUUUACAUUGUUGGAUUCAACCAUCGAACGUGAAAAAAUAUAACCAACACUGUAGAAUAGAAGCGAUGUGUGACGCUGAACCUGUGCGACAAAACGGCGGGUUUUACAGCGAAUAAAUCCAUCUGAAUUGGAAAACUAGGAGAUAAAAGCUUUUAGUUCUGUCACUCUAGCCAACCUAAGGCAUGCGGCCGCCGGCAACUAGUCCGCCAGAAGUCCUGGGUGUACGCCUGAAGCCCAAGUUACUGGCGCCCCCGGUACAGCCCACGUUACCUUUGCCCGUUACCCACAUCUCUCAGGACUUGAUCAGGGAGUUCCCACACACCAAGAAAGUCGGAAAUUACUUGAUUGGGAAAACACUGGGAAGAGGCUCGUUCGCUAAGGUGAAGCUUGGACUCCAUCUUCUAACCGGAGAAAAGGUUGCAGUAAAGUGUAUAGACAAGAAAAAGACAAGAGAAGAUUCUUAUGUUCGCAAGCACCUACGCAGAGAGGGGAAGAUCAUGUCCCUGUUACGUCAUCCUCACAUCGUCCAGUUGUACGAGGUGAUGGAAACGCCAAACACGUACUACCUGGUGACAGAGCUGUGUCAGGGAGGGGAUCUCAUGGACCAUAUUGUUAGCAGAGGAAGGUUGAGCGAGAAGGAAGUUCGUCUACAUAUGAGACAUGUAGUGUCUGCCUUGGAUCACAUGCACAAGGCAGGAGUUAUUCACAGAGACCUGAAGAUAGAAAACUUUCUACUUGAUGAAAAGAAGGAGAUUAAGAUAAUUGACUUUGGACUCAGUAACUGUUUUCUAAACAGUGGUUGUCAUGACAACCGUGCAAUGGCAGCCAUGUGCAGCACUCAGUGUGGAAGUCCAGCUUACGCUGCUCCAGAGCUGCUGGCUCAGAAACGCUAUGGACCACAAGUGGAUGUGUGGGGAAUGGGCGUCAACAUGUAUGCCAUGCUAACAGGCAAUCUCCCAUUCUCCUGUGAACCCUUCAACAUUAAGAAUUUGCUGGUGAAGAUGUUGAAUGGAGAAAUGAAUCCUGUUCCUGGACAUGUUUCCAAAGACAUUGGCAAUCCUUUGCCUCUCAUAUCCAGACAACAUCAUAAGCUGUGCUCUCAAGAACUGAGUGAGAAGAUACUUCAGUACAUGUGCACUCAACUGGGGUGUAAACUAGGAGAGACAAUCAAAAUGGUGACUUGCAAUAUUCCUCAUAGUUCCACAUCAACCUAUCACUUGUUGACACAGCGGUUAGCUAGACAUCAGGCAGAAACUGAGGUGAAUGGGAAAAUUGCUGCAGCUGAAAGAAAGAUGACAGGGCGAGUAAGAGCAUAUCAUAUCAAGAGAGCCCCUGGGAUGAAAGAUUCCAUGACAGUGCCUCAUCAUGCCAGCCCUAGGUGCUCCACACCAAAACAGCCCAGUCCAGAAAUGUCCAAGCAAACAGUUAGCAUGAUGACCACAGGACAGCUGCUUGACCACCUCUACUAUCCUAGGGCAGUGUUCAAGGGAAAACCUGUCAAAGCUUCAAAGACUGGAGAGGAAUCUCCUAGUGCCAUAUUCAAGGAAAGGCCUGUUAAAGCUUCAAAGACUGGUGAAGAAACUCCUAGUGCCAUACUCAAGGAAAGGCCUGCCAAUGCUUCAAAGACUGGAGAGGAAUCUCCUAGUGCCAUAUUCAAGGAAAGGCCUGUCAAUGCUUCAAUAACUGCUGAAGAAACUCCUAGUGCGGUACUCAAGGAAAAGCAUGUCAUACCUUCAAAGACUGAAGAUGAAAGUCUGGAGAAGAAGGGGGUGGUGCCGUUCACACAGGGUCUGGUUACACUUGAGAGCUGUAAGGCAAGCCAAGAUACCUUACCAAACCUAGUGUCUGCUAAAUCAGAAGAAACUGAAACAAAUAUCAAGGAGAUACCUUCUAAAGCAGACCUAUCAAAGCAAAUUACUCACAGAUUUGACAGGUGGAGAUACAAAAAAAAUUUACCUUCCUCAAAACCAUUGAUUAAAGUUGCUACAAAGAGUGCUAAUCCAACACAUUUAUCAGGUACCAAUGGAAAAAGUGUGUUUGAUGAACCAGUCGUCACAGUCAGUCCUUUUAUCUGCCCCAGAUCAGGGUUAUCCUCUAGAGGUCGCAGGACAAGUGAUCCGCAGACGUACUGGACAUCACAUGACUUCCAUGGUGGAGAAAGAAAACUUGUGUCAAGUCAACCAUCUCAAAAUGGAGGGAAAUAUGCCAGGAAUUCCACAUUCAAUGAACUGCCAGAGGUUGUGAAAAAAUAUUCCACACUAACAAAUCAUGAAAUAACACAUUUAAAAAAGAGGUUGAAAUCUCCAAGAUACUAAAAAAACUAACUGAAGGAGAAAACAUUGUAUAAUCCUUAAUUCUUGGACAGUCACAUACUGAAACAGAAAUGCUGCAACUAACUAAUAAUACAACUAAGUACGUAAACCAUGAAAUCAUUUAUUGUGACAGAAAAUACAGCAUGGUUGACAAUACAACUGAGUAUACAUGCAUGGAAAGCAUCUUAAAUACCAGUUGGUGUACUUCAUUUUUUAUCCAAGUCCUGUUGUGCUCUUCUGAUAAGAUAAACGCUAUAUGCUGAAAAAUGCUCAAUGUCUUGGAAGUAGCAACCAAUACAAGCUAAUUUUGAUUCUCUUGGCCUGAAGAAUGCAGUUCAGCAAAAAAAAAAAAAAAAAA